AUGGGAAAUACGAACACCAAGGAAUCUCGAGGAUCGGAAAUACCCUUCACGCCCAGAAAUCAUGAGAUUACAGGCGCAAAAAGCCAAUCAGCAAACCAUGACGACCGAGAUAGAGAUCGGUCUCACACAUCACGCUCUGAACGAGGAAGUAGAAAUGAAACUAUGACCAUAGGGGUGAGCCUUGGCUCUAACAGUGCAGGUUCUGAGCGUCGUGAAUCGAAACAAGAGAGAGAAGCCAAGAAACUUGAGAAGGAAAGACAAAUAAGGAUAGUGGAGAGAGAAAAAAGUCUUCGGGAAGAAAAUGUUGACGGAGGCUAUCUGGUGACUAUGGGAAUCUAUACAGGAAUAGAAGAUUUCAACAAGGUUAUCGUGCGUAAAUUAAUCAUUGAAAGGAAAAUGGCGCCUUUCUGGAGGGGUCUAAAUGAAAUAUCUGAUGCAUGGACCGAAAACCAACUAAUAGCAGCUUGUAGAGGUCUACCUAUCCCGGCCUCAGAUGAUGUGUCUCAAGGAAAGAAUACAUCAGAUAUUUCAAGUAAUACUUUAAUUGCAGAAAAGAGCUCUCAAGAGGCAACAGCACAAAAAUCGUUAGUAUUAGACUCAACUUUGUCUGAUACAUUCACCAUACCAUCAAUAAUAGAUACGUUUCCUGAUGCUGUGCAAAAAUCUCCUCUUUUUCCAUCCUCACCGACUCUCUCUUCUUCACUUAAUCGAACUCAGCCAGAAACUCUCGUGCCUUUAACAAACCCUUCCCAGAAUUCCUUUAUCUCUGAUUACGGAUUCCAAGAAGUAUAUUUACCAAAUGACCCAUACAUCAAUGGCAAGGCGAUUGAGGUUUUCCUCUAUUCUGACACAGUCGAUUGUCCGAUUUGCUUUCUCAGUUAUCCACAGUAUUUAAAUAAAACGCGAUGUUGCGACCAGCCAAUGUGUUCGGAAUGCUUUGUACAAAUAAAAAGACCCGAACCGCACCCGCCUGAGCACCACGACAAUGAUUUAAUCACUCAAAGAGCCGCUGUCACUGAUCUCGAAUUGUUAGUUUCUGAACCUGCCUGUUGUCCAUACUGCCAACAGCCAGAUUUCGGAGUGACUUACGAGCCACCAAGCUUUCGAAGAGGGCUUUCAAGUACUAAUAUCGCCGAAGACUUCUUAGAGCUAGGCUAUGACGCUUCAACCUCGCUGUCUUUUAACUCUGGCUCCAUGUUAUCGCCAUCUCAUUCACCAAAUCCUCAAAAGCGCAGGACUUAUUCCCUUUCUGCAGAUGCACAGACAGUCGUAACUAUUGAUAGGAUUCGGCCAGAUUGGGCUAUCAAGCUUGCAAAUGCUAGAUCUCAUCUGGCGCGAAAAUCUGCCGCAGCGACUGCGCUACAUACGGCUGCUUAUUUAAUGAAUAAUCCAGGCAGUGAUAAUCGUAGCUUUGCUUUUAGAUCAAACCGGAUGGGGAGGGGUCGGAGUGGCGAUAGUCCGAGUGCUAGUGGGAACUCAAUGUCUGCUCAGCGGAACGAUGGAAACGGCAUCACGACAGCACAGGAUCAUAAAAUUCAGACGCAGAAAGAGCAGCAGCUCAGUGAGGCACAAGCCCGCAGAAAUAGGGUCAGAGAUAUUGAAGAGCUAAUGAUGGUUGAAGCAAUCCGGCUAAGUUUAGCUACUGAAGAAGAGAGAAAAAAAAAUGCCGAGAAGGAAGCUGCAAAAGAAGCCAAGAAGAUAUUUAAAGAAGUUAAAAAACGGGAGAAGAAAGAGCGAAAGAGUGUCUAUGGGGGUGUAGGGGGCUCUGCCAGCGGUAGUGCCCUAAGCGUGAAUCUCCCUCGAUUAGGAAAGCGACGGGGCAAUAGUGUCGCAAGUAUUUUCCAUCGAGAGGUAAUUCAUGAUGAUACUGAAGGAUCGCAACCAAAAGGAAAGGCAGUUGACUGUCAGCCUACCGGUAUUUUAGAUAGCUUCUCCCCCACGCAUCUAACUCGUGCAAAUACCACUAAUUGGAUACCACACCCAACCAGAAAUUUAGAAAAUCAAACCUCAAAAAUAGCUGACGAAAAAAGAGGGACCUCACCACUGGCCAUUGCAAGAAGAUUUCAUCCCUUGAAAUUCGGCAAGAACUCUUCUACUCAUAUUUCCACUCUUGAUGAUAUGAGCCCCAGCAGCUUACCAAAUCACUUGGAUGGACGUGGUUUCACUCCUUCUUUUGAUACUACCAGUAUAAAUGGCAAAUUCACUAAGAGAGAUAGUACAUCUCACCUCGAAAAUGCUGGUAAUAUCGACCCAGAAUUUAAGCCUAAAUUUCAAAGUAUUCCAGCCCUGAUGUCUGAAAAGAGCGGAUUAAAAACAAAAAGAGGCACGCCCAGUCUGAAUGAUGAAAGUUCUCAACAAAGUAGCUAUAAGUCUCAUCAAGCUAGUGUUGAGGACAACAUAUCUGGAAGAAAAUUAGGAAUUUCAACCUCCUAUCAGGUUGACAAGGCAAAUAUCGUUUCAGGACUAUCAGAUGUCAUACAAGACAUGAAUCCACAAGUUAUAAUUACCCCGGGGUCUCCUGAACAAGUUGGUGACGGGGGUAAAGGUGAGCAACAACUUUGCGAAAUUUUAGCCCAGAGACCGUGA